AUGCGGGCCGAACGGCUGCGCGAGCUCGAGGGUUUUCUCCAGCAACGCGGUGGGCAACGCACGUCGAUAGAGGAUCGGCACAAGGUUAUUCAAAAGGCGCUCUCCCUCCUGCCUGUUGUGUACCCACCUCUCACCAAGGUGGUGGCGUGGAUGCGCCGUUAUAGCGAGGAUGUAGUCGCUGCACUGCACCACGCCGCCGAGGACAAGGCAGAGGCGCUGAAGCAACAGCAGAAAGAGCUGUACGAGCAGUUCGAGACAUUUUUCGAAGGAAAGAUACGCGAGCUCAUGCGGGUGAGGAAGCAGGCAACGGCGGAGGCGGAGGCGGAGCACGCUGCUGCCUUCGCCCUGCGGCAGGAGCGAGAUGUGGAGCUCCUGGCGAUCAAGGAGCAGCUCGUGGAGCGCAUGAACAGUUGCGAGAAGACAGAGGAUCAGUUCCGCGACUUUCGCCACCUCAUUGCGUCUGUGUUUCAAGCAAAUCAGCAGCUGGGUCUCCGCAUCGAGCAGCUGGUGGACACUUUAGCGGAUCACAACAUCCCCAUACCUCCAGCCAGCUCGGAGGUGAUGGCGCUCCAGACGUCGUCGGACGGGCAGCAGUCUUUUCGACCGAGAGCUUCAAAUGCCGACGGCGACGAUGCCAGCCGCGGCGACAGCGAAUGCAGCGGCGGUAGGCGGCGUGACGGGGAUGCCAAGUUCCACAAUGUGCCAGUGGAAUUCAUGGCUGCUGCGAAGCACGAACUGGUGAAAUCGCGCCUGACGCUACAGGAGGAGCUGUUGCACUCCGCCUUUGAUGACCGCUGCGCCUAUCGCAUGCGCAUUGCUGGACUGACGCAGCAGAACCUCGAUCUCAAGUUCAACGUCUCCGAGCUGGAGGAGAAAGUGAGAGAUUUGUAUACGUACGUUCACGAGAAGCGAUUUGUACGGCAGGUAGAUGAGCAGGGCGACGAGGCUGCCCUGACGCCGCGACCGCGCGAGGUGCCACUGGCGCUGCAAACAGAGCUCGGCAUUGAGCUCCGCCAUUCCACUGCCAACAUUCUAUCCGAGCUCUCUACCCUGGCAAUCAACAUGAAGCACCAGCUGAACGCGGCCCUCUUGCGCGCGCGUCAGCUGCACACGCUGUCAACGUGGCUUGAUGAGGGGAAUGAAGCAGCAUUCAGCGAGGGCGCGGUCGGCGGCAUGUUGCAGCGGGUUUCGGAAGCGACUGUUAUUCCCGUGUUCCCCGUCUCUGCCUGGCAGUCGAUUCCGCACUUCCUGCGCACCACCAUCACCCCCGACGUGCCCAACUACUACUGGACGGAGGCCCAGGCUGCAUGCAUCCUGCACAACUUCUUCAAGGCGUACAGGGCGAUCCGCCGCCGGGCACGCUUUGUACGAGACAGCAAGAUGCUCGCCCCGCGCACCUGCCAACUUUUCGAACACCGUGAGGUGCUCCUGACGCGGCUGGACGCGUCCAAGGAGGAUGUAGCUGCCACAGAGGAAAACGUGCCGUUCGGCUACGUUGUCACGCAGUUCGCCCGCGAUGUGCUUUCGAACUUGUCCCCGCAGAAUGUGCAAGCCGAGCUGCCGCUUGUGCUGCCCGGCACCGUCGCCCUUCGCUUACCUACAGCAACCAUCACGUCGUCACCGUUCAACGUGCUCCCCGGCGGCAACAGCAGCGGUGACACUAAGCACAGCCCCGGAUUGCAGCAGACCCCGACAGCCAACGAGCGGCUGACAGUCGAGGACUGUCCGUGGAAGGUGGCCGUCCCUAUCGUGGAGCUCGAGCUGACGCGUUUUACAUACAACAUGUGGUACGCAGCUGUGCGCUACCAGCCAUCGCAGCCACUCUGCGAUCUUUUCCUCAAGCUCGUCGAUGGCCAGAUGCCUAUCGAGACAUUCGACUUGAUGGAAGCGGUGCUCAGCCGACUGCGGCGGCGAAUCGAGUGUCUGGACGGCGACGGCACGCGUCGCUUUGCGUACUCACGGCUGGUUAAGGGAAUAGUUCGAUCUGUGACUGACAUGGACGCUAAAGCUGUGUUGCGCGCCGUCCAGGCGGUCGCGCAGGCAUUCGAGGCAAACCACAUGCCCUUGUACGGUGGCGCCCUCGAUUCGGUGGCGCUUUUUGCUGAUGAGACGUACUGCAAGCGAGAGGCAUUCGCUACCUCUUUUGAGGAAGAGAUGGCACAAUGCGCCGGUAGCCCCAUGCCUGACAGCGCGAUUGCAGAAGCUGCGGCUAAAAAGAUGGAACGAACCCCACUACCGUCGUCCUUGAUCACCCACGAGGUGCCGCUGCCAACGUCUUUCACGGCCUCCUCGCCGCCGUCGAUGCUGCCUCCAGUAGGGGCCACCUGCAUCGUACGCUUCUGCCGCCACCUUGUCCACGACACGGUCGAAGGCCUCUAUACCCGCAUCGAGGCCGUGCUGUGCCCGCUAGUAGAGGAGAGUGAAGUGGUGCUCGGCCUCUACUUGCUUCCUCUUCCACGCGCGAAGGCAGCACUGGCCGCGCUAGACGACAUGACGCGCCAAGAAGCCAUUCACGCUGCCCUUGUCGGAUCGCCGGAGGCGGUUGCAGGCAGCUCUCUUGCGCGUGUCACGAUUGGCCGCAUCUCUGCGGCGGCCUACACAGGGAUGCAGCUCACGGCCGAGGCGGCUAACCUGCUCGGCGUACGAGGUUUGACACACGACUACAUGAACCUGCUCGAGUCACGCAGGAAUGUAGUGGAAGAGAAGCGAACGGAGGAGCGGCACAUCACGGCACACAUGGUGGACAAGGCGGUGCAGGGGCUGCCACGCUUCAAGACGUCUACUCACUUCCCUUUCCAUAGCCAACAUGUUGCCUGGAUUGGCACGGUGGGGGAGCUGACGGACGGCAAUGUAUUGCCGAAGACCGACUCGCUGCUGGAGAACGACGCAACCCUGAACAAAGCCGCUGCCGCUGCCGCUGCCGCUGCCGGCUCGGAGAGUGACUUCUCCGUGAAAAUCACCCAAAAGGGUAGAAAACACAAGCUUACGCAGGCGGUGGUGGGAACACACCGCAGCGGCCACGUUGCGGAGCAGCAUGGCAGCGAAAAAGCUGACAUCAAGGCACGAUCCUCCACGCAUGCCACACACCGCCGCAACAAGAGACUUAAACAGGCAAACUUGGCUUCUCUCAAAGGAGAGCGACCAGACUCGGCGGAAUACAGCGAUGCCGUGCGGAGCAGAACUGCCAAGGCACUGCUGGCGGCAUCGGAGGAAGGCGACCUGGUGGAGUGGUACAGCCUUCGACACGCGCUGCGUUGCACCCUGCCGUCCCUUCCCUGGCAAAUUUUCCAACCGGACGAGCCAGAGUCGGAGCAGGAGAAGGCAACCAUCGCAAGGACGUCAGGGCCUGGGACGUUGCCUGUGCUCACGGCAUCUGAGGUGAAGGCGGCCUCUUAG